UUUUUUUGUGUGUGUGUGUGUGUGGCUCUUGCGAGGCCGAGCAAGUGGCUGGCUGGGGGCUGCUCGGAAGGGGCCGCUGGUUGGAGUUGGUUGGAGGCGCCGGCUCCCCUCUCCGCCGCAGACGCUGAGGAGCCAGCCACGCCACGCCACAGACAAGUGAAGCACAAGCGCCGACCAGCCGGGGACUCCGACGCCGGCGCAGCGCCCCCGCCCUAUCCUGCAGGAUGUUGGCCAGGUCGCCGGCGCUGCCCUUCCCCUUCCCGACGGCCACUGAAGCUUCCGCUUCGCCGGCCUUCUUUCAACCUUGUCAUCUCUUGGCUUCCCCAACUGUGAUCUUUUCCAACAAGAAACAUGGAACAAGAUUAACUGUCCAGCCAAACAUUCAGCACGGAAAAGCACAGCACGCAAGCAGGAUUCACACAAGAUGGCGGGCGCUCUCAUCUGACCCGGCUCAGGCCGCCGCUGUCGUGGAUGCCGGUGACAGCAAGACAUGGGAAGAGUGCAAGCAGAUACUCACCUCACUGAAUUUCUCCACCGAAGACGCCGAGAAGAUGCUGAAGAAGGCGUUCGGAUGGCUCCAUUCGCCGUACUGGACCGAUGAGAGAAAGAAGGAGGUUCCGAGCGCGGAGGUGGUAAAUGGAGUGCUGGACUACGUCAGGGGCCUCGGGCUCUCUGAUGACGACCUUUACAAGCUGCUCAAGAAAUUCCCGGAGGUUCUUGGGUGCGAUCUCGAGAGCGAGGUGAAGCUGAAUGUCGGCAAGCUGGACAGUGACUGGGGGAUAAACGGCAAGACUCUCCGGAGCGUUCUGUUACGGAAUCCCAAGGUUUUGGGCUACAAUGUGGACUGCAGAGGGGACUGCGCGGCGCAGUGCACCCGCUGCUGGGUUAGGUUUUAGUGUGUUGUUCUGCGCUGUUACGGUGGAGAAAUUCAGAAGCUCAGAUGAUACGUUACCAACUGUCUGUCUGUUUUUGUAUAGGUUAUAUUCAAACCAAGCAGAUUUGUAUAGAUGGAUGUACAUGUACUCCCUCCGGGAGGGUUUACAAAGCUAAUUUGAUUUGUCUCAA